GCAUCCUUUCAGUUUUCAGUUUUGACAUCGGCUUUGGCAUUCCGAUCGGAGCGCGUUGCCCCAGAAAGGGAAUAGAUGACGGCAAUGAAAAAUCAUACAUCGGAUUGGAGGGUUAUAGAGCUUCUCCAAAUCCGAUUUUGAUAUCAAACUUUCAGAUAAGUGAUGAAAUCUGAUAAUUCAGAGUCACCGUUUUAUUGUACCAAAUUCUUGUGCAACUAGAGAUAUAACAGGAACCAAGGUUUUUAUAAGGACAUAUGUGCUCUUAAAAUCUUAUCUGAUUCGGAAUUUGUCACUUCCCAUAUUCCCUUUCGCCUCCCUUGAAAUAUUUUUUCAUCUUUCAGUCACAGCACAGGACUACAAAAUUGAAUGAUGCAAAAGAUUUUACAAUUUGCAAGGAAAUCUUCACAGUUUGUUGAUUCCUUGGGGGUGGAAUCAAAAGGUAUUCACAGGUACCUGCCAUCGGAGAGAUACGAUAAAAAUUCAUGGGGCCCCUACAUAUCGACAUUGGGUCUUUGGAUAUCCGGAUGCGGAGGCUUGACGUCGAUGUCUUCAUUCUUUCUUGGACCAUUGAUCUUUGGAUUAGGAUAUAAAGAUACGCUUAUAUGUGGGAUACUAGGCACUCUUUUAGGGUGCUUGGUGGCAGCAUACUGCUCCACAAUGGGCCCACGGUCUGGACUUCGACAAAUGUGCAGUGCAAGAUAUCUAUUUGGUCCAUGGAUGGUCCGAGUGGUUAGCUUAAUCACUAUAAUUGGAUUUCUAGGAUGGAGUGUUACCAACAGUGUUCUUGGUGGUGAAAUAUUGAAAUGGUUGAGUGGUGGGCGCUUAAGUUUGAGUGUUGGUAUUGUCAUUGUCAGUGUAAUGAGUUUAGUGGUUGCACUUUUUGGCAUUGAAUACGUUUUGAAGUUUGAAGGUGUCAUUGGUAUUUUUGUCUUGCUUGUUGUUUUCUUGCUCUAUGUUAUCAGUGGCAAACAGUAUGUUAAGUAUGAAAAUUUGCAAACUUUAGGCGACAGUGGUUUAACCAAGGUGGGAAAUAGAAUUUCUUUUUUCACACUUGCUUAUUCUGUGACUGCUACCUGGGGCGGUUGUGCUGCCGACUACUACAUUAUCUUUCCCGAAGAUGUUCCACAGGUUAAUCUAUUCUUGCUAACUUUCUUUGGGAUUUUUUUACCAACGGUGUUUGGUGCCGUUGUGGGAAUGUUGAUUGGUAACGCGGCAGUUGGAAACGAAUUAUGGAAUGAGACAUAUGCUGAAAAGUCAUUGGGUGGAUUGCUUAACCUUGUUUUCGACAGAUGGGGAAAUUUUGGCAAGUUUUUGAUAGUGGUUUUCUGGUUGUCAUUAAUCACAAACAAUAUCAUCAACAAUUAUUCUAGUGCGUUAUCAGUUCAGUUAUUAGAUGACUUAGCAUACAGAUACCUCAGUAGAUGGUUUAUUGUCAUCAUUAUCUUUGUGAUAACUCUAUUAUGCUCAUUGGUUGGACGGGACCACUUUUCAGAGAUUCUUUCUAACUUCUUACCAAUGUUGGGAUACUGGAUCAGUAUCUACUUCACGUUGUUAAUCGAGGAAAAUGUUAUUUUCAGAUCUACAAGUUUAGUAUCUCUUUUUAGAAAAGAGAUUGUGGGACCAUUAUCGGAAAAUGAAGCCUCCAACAAAUGUCACAAGUUUCCUCCGUUUUCAUCGGUGAACUCGAAACCGUACUACAACUUUGAAGCUUGGAAUGACAAGUAUGUGUUGACAAACGGGAUUGCGGCCACCUUUGGAUUCUGCUGCGGUGUUGCAGGAGCAAUUGUGGGUAUGAACCAAGUAUACUUCAAGGGGCCUAUUUCCAGGUAUGUUGGUGAAGAUGCGGCUGAUCUCGGAACCUUCUUGGCCAUGGCAUUCACUGGUGUAUCGUACCCUCUCGCUAGAUGGCUAGAGUUAAGAUAUUUCAAGAAAUAA